UUGAACGUCCUCUAUAGGAAGUUAGUGGUACUGUACGCGCCCUCCCCUUUCACUCACCCGGAAGUAGAUUGUUUUUUCCGGGCAGGACGUGUAAAAGUCUACCAUGGGGAAGUCCAAACAGACCAGAAACCACAACAAUGGCAGGAAGAAGAACGUUGCAAAGACGUGGAAGACCAAGCGCAGGACCAAAGACCUGGACCAGAUCCAUUCAGACAUGAAACCAGAUACCGCAGCCAAACUUCUCAAGCAGGAAGUGGACUUCGAUGUGACAGGAUGUGCCCAGCACUACUGUUUACACUGCGCGAGAUAUUUUGUGGAUUUGAAAUCCUUGAAAGACCAUUUCAAGACUAAAGUCCACAAAAAUCGGUUGAAAAAGCUGAGGGAAGAACCCUACACCCAGGAAGAGGCAGAAAGGGCAGCGGGGAUGGGCUCUUACAUCCCUCACAAAACAGUGGAGGUGAAGACACAGGAUGUGGAAGAAGACAUGAGCUGAAACCCACGUGAACUGACACAAAUAAAUUGUAUAGUACUCCAUUCGUCACAGUGUCGUAAGUGCUGCAGAAUGUUUUCGUGGCACUAUCAUAUACUUUUGUAGCCAGCUGGCUGUCCUCAGAAUUAGCAACGUGCUGUAUUAUACUAGAUCAUAUAUAUCUCAGGGCAUUCAAUCGAUUGCAACUGGACUAUUUGGUUUGUCUUAUAAGACCUUUCCCCUCUCAUCUGUAUGAAUUUAUGCUCAUAGAUUUAGAUUGGUCAGAUCUAGUCUCGGUCUGACCAAUCUAAGUCUGAUGAAGCCUACUCUGAUGAGAUGCGAAAUGUCUUCUAAGACAAACCAAACAGUCCAAUUGUGAUCGAUUGAAUGCCCUGAGAUAACAACGACCUGGCUGAAUGAUAACAUUCAUAGAUAUGCCUAGAUCAUAUGUCGUGUUGCAUAUCUAAAUAUGAGGAACACCGUGAAAGUACAAUAAACUCUUGAUUGCUUUUACGUGCCUGUAACCAAUAAAUCUUGA